AUAAGCACAAUAAGAGCUCGAUUUCUCAUGGUUGAUUCCAAUAAUAAUUUUACAUAUAUUAGCCUUAAAAUUAUUUUGUGAUUAAGUAUCAAGGCUAUAAUUAUCUGUGGAUAGUUAUAAUUAUCAUUAAUAUUCUAUUAUCAAGGUACUCCAGUAUAUAGAACUAACAUUAUGACAUCGAAAAAAGAAUAAGAAUUAAAAAUAAUGAUUUUUUAUACAAAAAACAUAUUAAUAUAUAAUUAAAUUUAACAUCUGCUAUUAUUUGGAAACAUAAAUAAAAAUUUACUCGUAGAUUCCUAAAUUAAUUUCCAAUAAGAUAUUAUCUACUAAAAAGAUGUGUUAAAUAUUGAGACUGAAUAUUGUCAAUAAUCUUGAAAUUUUCUUCACAUUAAGCUAAGAAUAUUAUUGAAUACUUGAAGAAAAUUUAAUUUACCUAAAAUAUGACCCUUUGUAACCUAUUAAGAGUUCCACCCAUAUUUAUUAUGGAUGAACUCUUUAAAAGUAGUUUUGGUUUACCAGAAAUUGUUGAAACAUUAUUUCCAUUAAAUAAUGUUCACCAUAAUAGUAGUAUUGUUUACAUGGAAAGUGAUGAUUCUGCACAGUAUUAUAAAGCUAUUCUAUUAUCAUUUAUAAAAAUAAUAUUCUCCUGUAUUAUUUUUUGCGCAUCUCUAUGUUCAUUUGUACUACCUGCUAAGUAUCUAUAUUUAGUUUAUCUCCAUUCAGUAUCAGUUUGUGUUGUACUUCUAUCAUAUUGGACAAAUGUUCAAUCUUUAAAAGUGCUUUCUGGGAAAUAUGAAAAUAUUAAAAUAGAUAUAGUAGAUGAAGUCAUAACAUUGGACAUUAAUGGAAUUUUCAAACUUUUUACACAAUUAGAAAUCAUUGAUUUCUUGUACUUGAUAUGUCGUAACACAAUAUUACAAUGCUGCCUUUCUUUAGUGUUUGAUUUUUUACAAACAGCUACUAAACAAAAAUCAAUUCAUAAAAUUUUAAGUUUCAGCUUUAUUAUUCCUACUUUAAUAGCUCUAGUUCCUGGAACACAAGGUGCAUUGAAUACUGUAGCUGUUUUAGCUACAUUAUUGCCUUUAUUUAUCAUGAUUAAAUCAUUAUGGGUGAAUAUUUUUCCUUUAGUUAAUUUGAUUCAAGAAGGAUACAAGUACACCAAAACAAUAAUAAAUAAUUUUGGAAUUUCUGCUUUCCUUGAAAAUGAAUGGAAUCGUUUGAAUAUUCCAAUUGUUCUUAGAAUAUUUUGGUCAAUGCGUGUUCUUGAACAAACAUUAUACCUUCUUACUGAUGUAGAUGUUAAAAAUGAAUCUAUGUUUGAUCUUAUUAAAUAUUUAUUAAUAAAAGGAUGUGAUACUUUUACUGCUGUAUUAGGUAUGACAAGCUUUGUUUCAUAUUUUUGUCAUUAUAUUGGAGCAUUUUUCCAAUGGGUUUUGUUAACUGACGAUGUAGAUGACAAGAGUAUUGGAACUAUUUCCGCCGUACUAUUUUAUAUUCUUGCUUUACAAACAGGAUUGACUGGUUUGGAACCAGAAAAAAGAUUUAUUAGGCUCUAUAGAAAUAUAUGUUUAUUAUUUUCUGCAUUGUUGCAUUAUAUUCAUAACAUUGUUAACCCUUUAUUAAUGUCUUUAAGUGCUUCACAUAAUCCUUCACUAAACAGACAUAUUAGAGCUCUUUUGGUUUGCGGAUUUCUCAUAAUUUUUCCAAUUGCAAUGCUAACUUACUUAUGGUCUAACCAUUCAAUUAGUACUUGGUUAUUAGCUGUUUCAUCCUUUAAUAUUGAAAUCAUAAUAAAAGUACUUGUAUCAUUGGCUGUGUAUUCUUUAUUUUUAAUUGAUGCGUAUCGCACUACUUUUUGGGAACAGCUGGAUGACUAUGUGUAUUACAUUAAAUCAUUUGGAAAUACGGUUGAAUUCUGUUUUGGUAUAUUUUUAUUUUUGAACGGUGUAUACAUUAUGGUUUUUGUAUCUGGUGGUGCUGUUCGAGCCUCCAUGAUGUGUAUCCAUGCAUACUUUAAUAUUUGGUGUGAUGCUAGGGAUGGUUGGAGAGUAUUUAUUAAAAGACGUACAGCUGUAAAAAAAAUUGAAUCCUUACCAGAAGCAACAAGUGAGCAACUAGCUGAACAUGAUGAUGUAUGUGCUAUUUGCUAUCAAAACAUGGGAACAGCAAAAAUUACCAAAUGUAACCAUUUUUUCCAUGGUGUAUGCUUACGGAAAUGGCUUUAUGUGCAGGAUCGUUGCCCAUUAUGUCAUGAUAUUUUAUAUAAAACAGAAUCUGCUAGUUCACCACCUAUGCAUUCUAAUCAACCUCAGGAAUACCAAAAUGUUAUUGACCCAGAAAACUCUUAAAUUCUAUGAAGUAUCAUAAUAUGGGGAUACCUUAUACCUUUAUACAGUUACUAUACACUAUAUAUAGUAUUUUUAAAUUAUUUUUGACUUGGUGUUAAGUAAUUUAAUUAAGGUUUUAUUUCAAAGAGAAAUAAUAGUUUUUAGUCAGUUAAAUUAUAAGCAUGUAUUAGUUUAAGAAUUUAAUCUUAUUUAUAUUUUUAAAGUAACUCAAGAAAUUUCAAAAUUUAUGAAAGUUAUAACUUUUAACUAUUAAAUACAUUAAUAUAAUGUUUUAAAAACAUUAAAUGGAGAAUUGAGUUGUAUAAUUUAUUAUUAUAGUUACUUAAUUAUUAAACUAAGAAUAUUAUAUAAUUUAUUUAAUAAUGUCAAAUUUUAUUAUGAAAUGUAUUAAAUAUCACCAAUUAACUUUAAAAUUUUAGCAUGGUCUAUAACUCAUUAAAAAAGAGUAAAAUGAAAUUAUAUGGUGCUUUAUUAUGCAUGUACCUUGUACAAUUUUGAACAUAUUAAAAUUGUAGAUAUUGUUUGUUGAUAUGCAAUCAAAGAAAUAAUAAUUUUUGAUUAGGUUGUUAUUAUACUUGUUAAAUAACCAAGACUUAAUUUUUUUUAUUUUAAAAUAAAUGUGUUGUUCUAUUAAUAAUUUGUAUAUAUUUGAUCUAAUAACUGCAGAUAGUAUUUUUGUAAAAUAUGUAAAAUAUUUUUAAUAGUUUUGUAAUAUAUUGUUUAUUUUAAAUGAA